AGACGCUCCGCCCCCGCCCCAGCCCGGGGGAAGCGGCGGUGAGGAGUUUACGUCAGCCGCGGGAAGUCCCCCCCCGCUGGGCUGUUCGCCUCUCGGGCCGACCUGCCCUCAGCUGUAGCAGCGCUCCGCCUCCUGGCUCCUGCAGCCGGGACGGGCAACGCCGGGUGACCGGAGCGAGAGAAUUAAGCUGGUGGGAAGGUGUGAGCCGCAAACCCAGAGGAGGGCGGGAAGGAGGAAGAGGAGGCCCCGGGGGUGGUCAGGGGGACUGGGGAUCCCGCCGGCAGAGGUCCCUUGGCCGCCUGACUGACUAACGGGCUGAUUGACUGCAGCGGCCUCGGGUCCGGACGCUCGGAGCGGGGCGGCGCGGUGAGCUGAGCCAUGGCCUCAGGUGGUAAUAAACCACGUAUAGAGAUAAUUGAACAACCCAGGCAGAGGGGAAUGCGUUUUAGAUACAAAUGUGAAGGGCGAUCAGCAGGCAGCAUUCCAGGGGAGCACAGCACAGACAACAACCGAACAUACCCAUCUAUCCAGAUUAUGAACUACUAUGGAAAAGGAAAAGUGAGAAUUACAUUAGUAACAAAGAAUAUCCCACAUAAACCUCAUCCUCAUGAUUUAGUAGGAAAAGACUGCAGAGAUGGCUACUAUGAAGCAGAAUUUGGACAAGAACGCAGACCUUUAUUUUUUCAAAAUUUGGGUAUUCGAUGUGUAAAAAAAAAAGAAGUAAAAGAAGCUAUUAUUUCAAGAAUAAGGGCAGGAAUCAAUCCUUUCAAUGUCUCUGAGCAAGAGCUGCUUGAUAUUGAAGACUGUGACCUCAAUGUGGUGAGAUUAUGUUUUCAAGUUUUCCUCCCUGACGAACGUGGUAAUUUGACAACUGCUUUACAUCCUGUUGUCUCUAACCCAAUUUAUGACAACCGUGCUCCUAAUACUGCAGAAUUAAGGAUUUGUCGUGUAAACAAGAACUGUGGAAGUGUCAGAGGAGGAGAUGAAAUAUUUCUACUCUGUGACAAAGUUCAGAAAGAUGACAUAGAAGUUCGGUUUGUGUUGAACGAUUGGGAAGCAAAAGGUAUCUUUUCACAAGCUGAUGUACACCGUCAAGUAGCCAUUGUUUUCAAGACUCCACCAUAUUGCAAAGCUAUUACGGAACCGGUAACAGUAAAAAUGCAGUUGCGAAGACCUUCUGACCAGGAAGUUAGUGAAUCUAUGGAUUUUAGAUAUCUGCCAGACGAAAAAGAUACAUAUGGCAAUAAAGCAAAGAAACAAAAAACAACUCUCCUUUUCCAGAAACUGUGGCAGGAUUGUGGAGUUAAUUUUCCUGAAAGACCUAGACCUAGUCCCCUAGGAUCAACUGGAGAAGGAAGAUUCAUCAAAAAAGAACCAAUCUUGUUUUCGCAUGGUGCAGUUUUGACAGAAACGUCCGGGCCAGUUUCAAGUCAAGCAGAAUCCUACUAUUCCUCAUCUGCGCCCAUCUCCAGUGCAUUGCCACAUCAUGCUUCGGCCAUACCCCCAAUGGUACCUCAGCCUUCUUCAAGCUGGUCAUCAGUGGCCCAUGCCACCUCACGUUCAGUCAAUACAAAUUCACUGAGUAGUUUUUCAACAGGGACACUUUCCUCUAAUUCACAAGUUAUCCCACCAUUCCUGGAAAUGUCUGUUGUGAGUGAUUUGAAUGUGUCUAAUGCUUGCAUUUAUAACAAUACUGAUGACAUAGGCAGAAUGGAAGCAUCAUCCGUGUCACCAGCUGACUUAUAUGGUAUUUCUGAUGCCAGCAUGCUGCCUAAUUGCCCUGUGAACAUGAUAACGCCCAGUAAUGACAGCAUGAGGGAGACUGAUAAUCCAAGACUUGUGAGCAUGAAUCUUGAAAAUCCUGCCUGUACUUCAGUGUUAGACCCAAGAGACUUAAGACAGCUCCAUCAGAUGUCCUCUUCCAGGAUGUCAGCAGUCGCCAGUUCUAGUACUACUGCUUUUGUUUCACAGUCAGAGGCAUUUGAGGGAUCUGACUUUAAUUGUGCAGAUAACAGUAUGAUAAAUGAGUCAGGACCAUCAAACGGUACUAAUCCAAACAGUCAUAGUUUUGUUCAAAAUAGUCAGUAUUCAGGUAUUGGCACUAUGCAGAAUGAACAAUUGAGUGACUCAUUUGCAUUCGAAUUUUUUCAGGUUAACUUGUAAGAUAUAAAUGGUGAUUCAAGAAUUAAAUCCCUUUAAAGGUAACCCUUUUGAUAUUACCUUUAUAAAUACAACAUUAUAUAUUUCUCUAUACUACAGUAUAUCGGGGACCCUUGAACAACACGGGUUUGAACUGUGCGGGCAGGUCCAGUUAAUACUCACAUUUUCUUCACUAAAUAUGUAGUGCAGUACUACACGAUUUGAGGUUGGUUAAAUUCAUGGAUGCAGAAGACAUCCAUGGAGACAGAGGGCCGACUGUACGUUUUUGUUUUUUUUUUUGGCGGUACACGGGCCUCUCACUGUUGUGGCCUCUCCCGUUGCGGAGCACAGGCUCUGGACGCGCAGGGUCAGCGGCUGUGGCUCAUGGGCCCAGCCGCUCCGUGGCAUGUGGGAUCUUCCCGGACCGGGGCACGAACCCGUGUCCCCUGCAUCGGCAGGCAGACUCUCAACCACUGCGCCACCAGGGAAGCCCGACUGUACAGUUUUAAACAGAGUUUUCACUGCACGGAGCGUCUGCACCCCAACCCCCGUGUUGUUCAAGGGUCAACUGUAAGUAUAACUUCAGGUAUGUAGGGGAUUCCUCUAACAGGCAAUCUUGUCUUGGGAGCUUCUUGUUUUUCUGGCAGAGAAUUUGUUGGGAUAUAAAAGAUGAAUGCUCAGUGCUUGAAGCUGCAGCUAAAAGAGAAGGAUGAACUCAUUUCCCAACUUCAGGAAGAGUUAGAAAAAGUCCAGCAUUUACAGAAGACUUUUGCUUCAAAACUAGAUAAAUCCACACAGACUGAACUCCUAGGCUAUGAUGCAUUGUGGAAUCCUACAUACAAAGAAAAUUUAUGUAAACCAGUGUAUGAUGAAUCUGUGACAUGUUAAAUACUGAAUAAAAUCAAUUUUUCCAUUAAAAAAAUCCAACUUUGGGUAUGUAGAAUACAAAGUUGGAAAGUCAUAAAAGGAAAAUUCCAAAAUAGAAAUUUAAAAGAGCUUUACUGUUUCUUCUUUUGAAACAUGUGAUCUGAUACUGUGUGUGGUGGGAAUUCUAGCAUGAGAAUCCUGCCACAUUUUCCCAGGACAGACUGAGGAGAACAUUAGAGCAAGGCUUCAGUUUUUCCAGCUACAUCUUUUUAUACUUCUUUUAUAAUGUAUUAAUGUAUCCUUAGUUAAAUGAAUUAACUGAUAUUUGCUUUUAAGCAAAUUUAAGGUAAAACCUGUAAUGGCUAUGUCAUUGGAAAAAUUAAUUCCUUAUUAUUUUUGAGGCCAAUGGGCCAAGGUGACCCCUAAGGGGUUUUCUGAGGCUUUCUGGAGUUUCUUAGAUUUACAUGUAAAUCAAAAUUUCUUUAAAAUGUUAAGUUGGGCAGCAGGCAGUUGAAGUAAGCUUUCAAGGUAUGGGAGUUCCCUACAUUUUGAACUAUUUAGAUCCAUACCUGUAAAAUUGCUUAUGAUUUUAACUUUACAUCCAUGUUUUUAAGAGGAAGAAGUUUUCUUGGACCUGUCCUCUUUGUUAUGUGUCCGAACUCACUGUGAUCUCAUCCAAUUUCAUGCUGUCAACUCCCAAAUUUUACCCCUAGCUUAGACCCACCCCUUGAACUCCAGUCUUGGAGCUUAUGUGUGUGUGUAAAACUGCUUAUUUGACAUCUCUACAUAGAGAUGUAAUUAAAGCUCAAACUCAACACAUCCAGAGCUGAGUUCUUGAUCUUCCCUCCCAAACUUGCUUAUCCUUCAGUCUUCCUCAACUCAAUAAAUGGCAAUGCCAUGUUUCCAGUUGCUCAGGUCCAAAACAAUGGAGUCAUCUUUGCUUCUUUUUUUUCUUUUAUCUCUCAUAUCCAAUCCAUCAGCAAAUCUGGUAGGCCCUACCUUCAAAAUAUAUCUUAAGCUGCCCACCUCUUUUGACCUCUGAUAUUAACAUCCUAUUCCAGACCACCAUCGUCUCUUGCAUAGAUUGAAUUAUAGCCUCCAAAAACUCUCUUCAUACUUGUGCUCCUGCCGUCUGUUCUCCCUGAAGUAGCCACAGUGAUUAUUUUUAAAAGAAAUAAAAUCAUAUUCACUUGCUCAAAACCAUCCAGUGGCUCGCCAUCUCACUUAAAGACCAAAAUCCUUAAAAUUAGCAGGCCCACACUCCCUCUCUUACCCUCAUUCACUACCAUUUUCCCCUUCUCAUUCAGCUCUAGGCACUCUAGCCUCAAUGCUCCUCUUCAAAAACACCGAGGACACUCCUGCCUCAGACCCUUUGUACCUCCCUGGUGGUGCAGUGGUUAGGAAUCUGCCUGCCAAUGCAGGGGACAUGGGUUUGAGCCCUGGUCCGGGAAGAUCCCACAUGCCACAGGGCAGACAACCCCGUGAGCCACAACUACUAAGCCUGCAUGCCUAGAGCCCGUGCUCCACAACAAGGGAACUAGUUGUAAAAUAAACUCAGUUGUAUGUGUACCUCAUGCCUUACAUCCUUCAGUCUCACUCAACUGUUAUUUGAUCAAGGCCUUCCAUAACUAUAUAUACAUUGACACUCCAUGUCUCCCCUCCUUUACAUUUGUCCAUAGCACUUAUCAUGAUCUGACUUUACUGUUUGUUUGUUUAUAUUUGUUUUCCCAUACUGGAAUAUAAGCUCUGUGAGGGCAAAGUUUUGUGUUUUUGUUGAAUCCCACAUUUGUAGAACAGUGUCUGCUUCCUGUUAAGCACUCAGUAAAUAUUUAUUGAACAUUCAAAGUACUACUAAUAGAAUUUCGGUUUUUGAAAGAAAGAAUAGCUUUAAUUAUUAGAUGUUUAUGAUUUUUAUAGUUCUGCUUCAUGUGACAUUGAGUUUAUUAUAUCAGAAUCAUGUACAUUCAGGUUGAUGACUAAUAAUGGUGACCCAAAUUGUUUGAAAGCAAAGUAAUCCCAGUGGCAAAAUGACUGUAGAAUUUGGACAGUAAUCUUAAUUGUGAUGGAAUCAUCAUGAUGCUAAGUAACUUGCUAAAGAUAAAGACCUAGUUUAUUUUACAGCUAGAAUGUACGUAAAUGUUGAGCAUAUUUUUAGCUAGAAACAAUGUGUCUUUUCACUUAUGUGUAGUAUCCAACCAAACCAUAAAUUUACUGGAACGAUUAAAGCUAGUCAAUUUUGUCAAAAUGGGGAAUGUGUGAAUGUCAUAAAAAUUAAAAUUCUGAGUUGAAUGAUACUGGGAAAUGAGAAGGAGAGCAUGAUAAGACUUGGGGUCAGAAUAGUAUGGAAAGAAAAAGAUUAAAGACACCUAACUAUCAUUAAUAUCUCUUAGAAAUUAUGAUUUCAAAAAGAAAUACUUCUGUUGUAUAACUUUAAAAAUCAUAAGCAUAUAACAUACUUUAGUAGAACUUACCAGGGAGAAGAAACAUGAAGGCAUUUCUUCCCUGUUCAAAAUAUGUACCCAAUACUCAGCCAUAAAAAGAAACGAAAUUGAGCUAUUUGUAAUGAGGUGGAUAGACCUAGAGUCAGUCAUACAGAGUGAAGUAAGUCAGAAAGAAAAAGACAAAUACCGUAUGCUAACACAUAU